GCUGCUGCCUCCCUUGUUUCUCUAUUGGGAGAACGAAACAGAGGUAGACAAAGAGAGGACAGCACCGGAGCUGGGGGGUAAGCACCGAGAGUGGACCAACUAUUGUCAAAAAUAGAAACGAGGGAAGAGAGAGAUCCUGUGCGAGGUGGUGGGAAAGAAGCGCCUACAAGACAAGUCUAGACGAUAGCCUAUACUACACAACUAUUUCAAAGACCCAGACAUGGGCAAGAAGGACGAGAUAGCCGUGGCCAAAGUCAAGAUUGAGCAAAACGGAGACAUUGGAUAUUCUGUUUCUUCUAGAGAGGAUAAAGAUGAAGAGAAAAAGGGGGGAAAGGAGAAAGAGCCAAAGAUGCCGAUGAUUGGCGCCAUAGCUCUGUUCAGGUUUGCUGAUGGUUGGGACAGGUUGAUGAUUGUGCUGGGGACCAUCAUGGCUAUGGUUAAUGGAACGGUCCUCCCUCUCAUGUGUAUCGUCUUUGGGGACAUGACUGACAGCUUCAUAGGAGACUCCAUACAGACACAGAAUAACUUCACCAACAUCACGUUCCCUGUUUCCAACACCACUCUGGGAGAGGAGAUGACGGGCCAUGCUAUCUACUACUCUAUAAUGGGUGCGGUGGUGUUGGUAGCAGCCUACAUGCAGGUGGCCUUCUGGACCCUGGCCGCAGGCAGGCAGGUCAAACGCCUCAGGAAGCUCUUCUUCCACUGCAUCAUGCAGCAGGAGAUCGGCUGGUUCGACGUCAACGAGACGGGAGAACUCAACACCCGCCUAACAGAUGACAUCUAUAAGAUCAACGAGGGGAUAGGUGACAAGGUGGGCAUGUUGAUCCAGUCCUUCACCACCUUCAUCGCUUCCUUCAUCAUCGGCUUCAGCAAAGGAUGGAAGCUCACCCUUGUCAUCCUGGCUGUCAGCCCUGUGCUGGGCUUCUCUGCUUUUAUAUUCAGCAAGGUACUGACGUCCUUCACAUCCCUGGAGCAGAGUGCUUAUGCUAAAGCUGGAGCCGUGGCUGAGGAGGUGAUCUCUUCUGUCAGAACAGUCUUCGCUUUCGGUGGACAACAGAAGGAGAUAACCAGGUACGAGAAAAACUUGGAGGAUGCUAAGAACAUGGGGAUCCGUAAAGCCAUCUCUGCUAACAUCGCCAUGGGCUUCACCUUCCUGAUGAUCUAUCUGUCCUACGCUCUGUCCUUCUGGUACGGCAGCACACUCAUCCUAUCUGGAGAAUACACCAUUGGAACUGUCCUCACCGUGUUCUUCACAGUGUUGAUCGGGGCGUUUGCCAUGGGACAGACUUCUCCUAAUGUCCAGGCCUUCGCCAGUGCCCGGGGAGCGGCACACAAAGUCUACAACAUCAUCGACAAUAAACCCCACAUCAACAGCUACUCAGACCACGGCCACAAGCCUGAUGUCAUCAAAGGAAACAUAGAGUUUAACAACAUCCAUUUCAUCUACCCCUCACGACCCCACGUCAAAGUGUUGAAAGGAAUGUCUCUGAGUGUGCGUAGUGGCCAGACCAUAGCUCUGGUAGGCAGUAGUGGCUGUGGGAAAAGCACCACCGUUCAGCUGCUGCAGCGGUUCUAUGAUCCACAAGAGGGAUCAGUGUGUGUAGAUGGUCAUGACGUGCGCUCCCUGAACGUGCGCUUCCUGAGAGAGAUGAUUGGCGUUGUCAGUCAGGAGCCCAUCCUGUUUGCUACCACCAUCGCUGAGAACAUCCGCUACGGACGACCUGACGUCACACAUCAGGAGAUAGAACAGGCUGCUAGGGAGGCCAACGCUUACGACUUCAUCAUGACACUACCUGAUAAGUUUGAGACUCUAGUUGGAGACAGAGGAACCCAGAUGAGUGGAGGACAGAAACAGAGGAUCGCUAUCGCACGCGCUCUCGUACGCAACCCCAAGAUCCUCUUGUUGGAUGAGGCUACCUCAGCCCUCGACGCCGAGAGUGAGACCAUCGUACAGGCUGCUUUGGACAAGGUGAGACAGGGUCGUACUACCAUCGUGGUGGCCCAUCGUCUGUCUACUAUCCGUAAUGCUGAUGUCAUCGCAGGCUUCCAGAAGGGAGAGAUCGUAGAGCUGGGAACACACAGUCAACUGAUGGAAAAAGAAGGAGUCUACCACACACUGGUCACCAUGCAGACGUUUAAGAGUCCUGAGGAGGGCGAGGAGGCUGUGGAGGAGCAGGUUCUGGAGGAGAAGAGUCCGUCAAUGAUGCCGUUCUCAGAGACCACCCUCAUCCGGAGGAAAUCUACCAAGGGAUCGUCCUUCAUCGGCUCAGAGAAAGGAGACAAGGACAAGACUGAGGUGGAAGAAGAGGAUGAGGAGAUUCCUCCUGUGUCGUUUCUGAAGGUGUUGAAGCUGAACCUUCCUGAGUGGCCCUAUAUGGUGGUUGGUGUGAUCUGUGCCACUAUCAACGGGGGCAUGCAGCCUCUCUUCGCUGUCAUCUUCUCUAAAAUCAUCGCUGUGUUUGCAGAGCAAGACCAGGAACUAGUUAGACAACGCUCCUCGCUGUACUCUAUCAUGUUCGCCCUCAUUGGAGUCGUCUCCUUCAUAACCAUGUUCCUACAGGGAUUCUGUUUUGGGAAGGCCGGUGAGAUUCUGACCAUGAAGCUGAGACUGAUGGCCUUUAAAGCCAUGAUGAGACAGGAGUUGGGCUGGUAUGACAGUCACAAGAACAGUGUUGGAGCUCUCACCACUAGACUGGCUACAGACGCAGCACAAGUACAGGGGGCUACAGGAGUGCGUUUGGCCACUCUGGCCCAGAACGUGGCUAACCUGGGCACCAGUCUGAUCAUCUCGUUUGUGUACGGCUGGCAGCUGACUCUUCUCAUCCUGUGUGUGGUACCUGUCAUGGCUGUAGCUGGAGGCAUACAGAUGAAGAUGCUCUCUGGUCACGCCGUCAAAGACAAGAAAGAGCUAGAACAGGCUGGCAAGAUUGCCACAGAGGCCAUAGAGAACAUCCGUACGGUGGCGUCUCUCACCAGAGAGCAGAAGUUUGAGUCUCUGUACCAGGAGAACCUCAUAGUGCCUUACAAGAACUCUCAGAAGAAGGCCCAUGUGUAUGGCAUCACAUUCUCCUUCUCUCAGGCCAUGAUCUACUUUGCCUAUGCAGGCUGCUUCCGCUUCGGGGCCUGGCUCAUAGAGGAAGGCAUUAUGACCUUUGAAAAUGUCUUCCUGGUGAUCUCUGCAGUGCUGUACGGAGCCAUGGCAGUAGGAGAGGCCAACUCCUUCACGCCUAACUACGCCAAAGCCAAGAUAUCAGCAUCUCACCUUAUGUUCCUCAUCAACAGAGAACCUGCCAUAGACAACUGCUCACAGGAGGGAGAAACACCGGACCACUUUGAUGGUAACGUGCGUUUCCAGGGGGUGAGGUUCAACUACCCGUCCCGUCCAGACCUUGCUGUCCUGCAGGGACUGGAGCUGAAGGUGCAGAAGGGCCAGACUCUAGCCCUGGUGGGCAGCAGUGGCUGUGGGAAGAGUACGACCAUACAAUUACUGGAGAGGUUCUACGACCCACUACAGGGCACAGUGAUGUUGGACAACAGUGAUGCUAAGAAGCUGAACAUCCAUUGGCUGAGGGCCCAGAUGGGCAUCGUAUCCCAGGAGCCCGUGCUGUUUGACUGUAGUCUGGCAGAGAACAUUGCCUACGGAGACAACACACGCAAAGUUACCAUGGAGGAGAUCCAGAGUGCUGCUAAAGCUGCCAACAUACACAGCUUCAUAGACGACCUGCCUCAGAAGUAUGACACCCAAGCUGGUGACAAGGGGACCCAGUUGUCAGGAGGACAGAAGCAGCGUAUAGCCAUUGCCAGAGCCAUCCUCCGCAACCCCAAAGUCCUGCUGCUGGACGAGGCCACCUCCGCACUGGACACAGAGAGCGAGAGGGUGGUGCAGGAGGCCCUGGAUGUGGCUCGACAGGGCAGGACGUGUAUCGUGGUGGCCCACCGCCUUUCCACCAUCCAGAACGCUGACCUGAUCGCUGUCUUCCAGAAGGGAGUGGUGGUGGAGCAGGGCACUCAUCAACAACUACUGUCCCAGAGAGGAGUAUACUACUCACUGGUUACCACACAGCUGGGCCAUGGCAGAAACUGAGGGAGGAGAGGAGGAUGGGGGAGGGAGAGGCUGAGGGUGCAGGGGGUUGCUGGGAGGGGCUGAGUGUGCAGGGAGGGGUUGAGGGUGCAGGGGGAUGUUUUGUAUGGUGGUGAGGUGGUGGUGCUGUAUUUCAGUUAUUUAUUCAAAAAGUAUCACAGCUGUACCAUAGAGUGCCUGUGUGCCAAAUGAAUACAUGGAACACACACAUAUACACACACGUCUGUGCAUUACUGUAAACUGCACGGAACUAAGCCAAUGAGACUCUGAAGCAGUGUGUAUCCUCAACAUUCAGAUUAUUACAUUGAUUUGUUCAAUUGUUUUGGGCUUAAAGUAAAACUCCACCCAAAAACUAUAUUUUGGUAUUUAUUUCAUUAGUCCAGGUUAUGUAACGUUCAAUAUACAGAAAUCAUCCCCAUUUGGGGCAGCAGGUAGCCUAGUGGUUAGAGCAUUGGUCUAGCAACCGAAAAGUUGCUAGAUCGAAUCCCAGAGGUAAAAAUCUGUCGUUCUGCCCCUGAUCAAGGCAGUUAACCCACUGUUCCUGGGCCAUCACUGUAAAGGAUUUGUUCUUAACUGAUUUGCCUAGAUAAAUAAAAUGAUACAUUUUGCAUCAUAUCAUACAAAGCAAAAUGCAUCAUACAGGGAUGACUUCUGUAUUUUGAAAGUUACAUAUCUUGAAAACUUGAGUGCUGACAAACAAAACAUUUGGGACCAUGUCAACAAUGGACUAAUGAAACAAAUACCAAAAUAUCCUUUUUGGGUGGAGUUUUCCUUUAAAGGCCCAGUGCAGUCAAAAACUAGAUUUCCCUGUGCUUUAUAUAUUUCCACACUAUCAGGUUGGAAUAACACAGUACACAAAAUAACUGCACUGCACUGCAUUUGUACUCUGUUCAUCUCUCUGCAUUUAGAUAUAUUCAUA